GCAAGCCAACCCACAGAAGUUUUAGAACAAAAAAUGGUAAAGCAGAAGGAGCGGGAGGCUGUGUAUGCGCUUAUACCGGAGUCGGAAAUGCUCGAGCGGCACAGGCAGCAUCUCAGCCGUAUGCAUGAUGUGGCCAUAAGCAGGGAAUUCAUAAAUCAGGCGCUCCUUCAAUUCGAUAAACUGGAAAAGGAACGCACACGUCAGGCGCACUGGGAUCAUUAUGUGAACUGCGAUGAGCUGCCGCGACCCUUUGAUCCGGCGGAAGUGCGCACUUUCCUAGCCAAGGAACGGCACUACGAGGACAUUGCCACAGACAAAUCCAUAGACUGGACAUUGUCGGUGAAUGAGCGGAGUAUCUUGACUCAAAACAUUUACAGAACGGAUCGUACAAGCCACACGCUGAAGCAGACUUUGGCCAUCAAUCCGGCGGAGUACAUUGAAAGGGAUGUGCAGCUGUGCCUGGAGACACUGAGGAAAUUGGAUGGAUUGCUGGACAACGAUGUGGAGCUGCAGCGCAUGAAUGUCAAGCGGUUGGAGGAUAUCUUGCUGGUACGCGGCGAUGUGGAGCGAGAGAUUGUCAGCCUGUUUGAUCGUUUGGCAUACCGCAUUUUGGGCAUGCAAGGAGCACACAUGGAUUCAGUUGAUGGCAGAGUGGCCACGUGGAGCUACAAAUGUCAGCCUUGGGCCAUGGAUAUUUGGGGUCUGCUGGUAGCGCCCGUGCGCUUUGAUCAAUUGGAAAUUCCUGCAAUGUUGGCCGAACUCCGCCUCACGGGUGUCUCCGUGCAGAUGCCACUGGGCGUGCUCAAGGAUUGCCUCACCCUGCGCUGCAUUCACACAAAAUUCGAUAGCUACUCGCAGCAUGCCAAGAGCUAUGACACCGUGGUUACCGAGUCCACCACGUACCCCACGGCGGGCAUAGUGGAUAUCCAGGCAUCGGCGCAGAACGAGUGGCUCCUCCAGCUGGACAUACAGCAGGAGAUCCUGGACGAGAUGAUACUCAAGCGACAGCAGUACGAAGAGCUAAUGGAGCUUAUCGAAGAAAAGAGCCAACAGGCGGCCAAGGAGGCAAAGGCGGGUAACGAAAAGGGCGCAAAGACGGUGGUGCCCAAGGCGCCCAGGGAGCCGCCCAUGGUGCCGCCGGACAUGGUGCCCGAUAUUUACGAAGAGUUUACCAGACGUGAGGACAGUCAGUAUAAAGGUUUCCUGGAGGAAGUUUACCAUCCCAUGACACUAAAUUUGACGGAAGAUGAGAUAAAUCUCCGUGAAUGCCUUAUGCUGGGCGGCAUAUAUUCCAUUAUGUUUGUGGGUCGUCCAGCUCAGACACAAUUUGAGAAAUUCAACAUUAUUCUGCACGAGGAUGGGCGAGUUUUACGCUCGAUGCCGGAGCUGGUGGCCGUGCUGAAGGAACCUCAAGAUGAGCUCCGAGCCUCGGCUCUAUCUGCGGCCAGGGGCUCACGCUUUCGCUUGACCCUGGAGAAUGUCAAAAAUAUGAAACUGGAUGAGGAUGAGUUGCCGUACUUUAAUGUCGUGCUGCAACUGGCACCCGAGCUGUGCCUGUGGGGCGAGCCUGUGGUGUGUCAGUAUCUGACGAGCCUGGAGCGCAUGGCGCAUCGAACAUCGGUAACAUCCUUGGCUCGAAUUGCCACGGAGAAACACAAAAAGGCGGCACCAAAGCGACACACACACGAAGAAGACCAAGAGGAGGAUAUUCCCACUGCCAAUAUCUUUCGACCUUCGGUGAGAUCGAGCAUUAGGUACAGCAAGCGGACCUCAACACUCGCUGACAAGUCUGCGGGUCUGGCGAACUUCUCGCUGAAUAGAAACAUCGAUCAUCCGCAGCUGUGGAGCUUGGAGCGGCACAUAAUGCCGCGCCUGCUCUCCUCGUUCAAGUUUCCCAGCGAAUUUAUUGCGGAACUGAAAGAGGCCUUGGAAAGGAAAAAGCAAACGCAAAAGAGAGGUCUAAUCCGGCGACACAGCAUCGAGCAGAAGGAACAAAUGGAGCUGCCAAAUGUGGACUUUGAUUUCGAGUCACAGCACAAUCCGGAGCGACUAUUUCCCGUCUUUGAUUUGGUCGAAAGUGUUGCUUAUCGGAAGGGCGCCGCCUUCAAGGAUAGCAAAACAUUUUACAGCUUGUUGGACACAAUUCAAGGCAUCAAAGAGAAGUAUUUGGCGCGGCAACCGAUUGUAGAGCCCGGCAUAAAGUCUGUCAAAAAGUCAGAGUUUAUUCCAGAGGAACCGCAGCCCAUUACACGUCCACCAGCGAAAACCAAAGGCCACAGACACAAGUCAAGAGCUCAACAUUCACGCAUGAGCCUGGGCUCGAGUCCCUCGGGCGCAUCAACGACACAUGAGGAAUCGAUGGAAAGGAUGGCACCCAUGAGGGAAGUCCAGCACUGGACAACAAAACACAUUGCCAAGACGACAUUUGAUAGGGCAAAGCACACUCUGACCAUUAUGACGGAUCGCUUGGGUGUCUUUGGCUUGGCCUACAAGCGCUACGAGCACUUUCCCUUCGGCGAUUGGUCGCUGCAGCCCAAUGAGGAGAAUCCGGAUGAAAUCAUUCUCCAGUUGGACACAUUUCAUGUGCGUAUUUAUUUGUACAUCACUGCAAAGGGUGUGAGCGGUUUUGUCACAGACUUGAGCAAGGCUUACACCGCGAAACCCGUGAAACAUAUUGAAAUUAUAGAGCCUGUUGCUGAUUUUCGUGAUCUGCGAGAGAUCUUUGUGGAGAGCAACAUCAACAUAUUUGCGGAGAACGAUGCCAGUUUCUAUAUCGAAAGGGAUUACUUUUGCAUCAAGCAUGUGGCUGCCGAGCAGCACAUCUACGAUGUGAUGGCUCUGCACUGCAAGCUAAUGAAAUUCUAUCGUUCCAGCUGGAAUCCCUUGGCCGCACGUCGUGACAUUGUUCUGGGCAUGAAGACUGCCAAAGAUCAGUCCGAACUCUCGGAGGUUACAGUGCGCAUAACACCGGAGAGGACAAGCUUUGUGGAGGUGAAAGAACUCUGCUCGGAUGACAUUGAUGUGAUCAAGUUGGAGUAUGAAGAAACUUGGAGAAAUAUUAGCGUGGGUAUGGGGAACCUUUACUUAAACCUCUAUUAAUCUGUGUGUAUUUGC